CGGCUGCAGCGGCGGGAGCGGCUUCAGCCUCACCCAGACAUUGAGGCGAAGGCGACGGCGGUGAAGGAGGUGAAGGAGAGGCGAGUGUGGCGGCGAAGGCGAUGGCGACGCGGGGCACAUGAGGCGGCGGCCGGCGGGACGGGCCGAGGCCCGGCGGAGGAGGCGGCUCCGGGGGAACCCGCCGCCGGGUGAGGGGCGGCCGCUGGGCCGGGUUCCACAGUGUGCUAAGGUCCUCUGCAAACUGGUCUUUAACUUCUCUGUCCAGCCUUCUCUCCAGCUACUUCCCAAACAUCCUCCAUCGUGUUCCAGUCCAAGAGACUUCUCGGGCAACUUUUCCCUCACACCAUUUUCUCCAUCUGCCUGGCUGGCCUUUACUUCUCACCCCAGCUCCGCCUGGUGAAACCAUAAUCAUCCUUCAAAGACCCACUUGCUUUUUGCACUCCUGACAACUGUCCAUCUAUUUUCUGUCUAUAUGGAUUUGCCUAUUCUGGACAUUUCAUAUAAAUGAAAUCAUACAAUAUGUGAUUAUCCUGUUGCCCAAACACCAUUAAUUAAAAAUUCCAUCUUUGCUUCCACUGAUGUGAGGAGCCACCUUCAUUAGUAGCUUUUCUGCAGAGGAGGAACACAUCCAUUUUAGAGAGAGAAUUCUGGUGGAGAUGUAGAAGACAGGCUGGAGAAGAGAGAAAGUAGAGCAGAGGGAAUCUGGAAAAGUUACAAGCAAAAACAUCAUUUCUCUAAGAACAGUUUGGGUAACAGAAGUUCUGGAUAACAGGGCAAACCAAUUCAGUCACCAUGAGUUGGAGCUUCCUGACUCGCCUGCUGGAGGAAAUUCACAACCAUUCUACAUUUGUGGGGAAGAUCUGGCUCACUGUUUUGAUCGUCUUCCGGAUUGUUCUUACAGCUGUAGGAGGAGAGUCCAUCUAUUAUGAUGAACAAAGCAAAUUUGUGUGCAACACAGAGCAGCCGGGCUGUGAGAAUGUCUGCUAUGAUGCCUUUGCACCCCUCUCCCAUGUGCGCUUCUGGGUUUUCCAGAUCAUCCUGGUGGCCACUCCUUCAGUGAUGUACCUGGGCUACGCCAUUCAUAAGAUUGCCAAAAUGGAGCACGGUGAAGCAGACAAGAAGGCAGCUCGGAGCAAACCCUAUGCAAUGCGUUGGAAACAACACCGGGCUCUGGAAGAAACAGAAGAGGACCAUGAAGAGGAUCCCAUGAUGUAUCCAGAAAUGGAAUUAGAAAGUGAAAAGGAAAAUAAAGAGCAGACCCAACCUAAACCCAAGCAUGAUGGUAGACGACGGAUUCGGGAGGAUGGACUCAUGAAAAUCUAUGUGCUGCAGCUGCUCGCAAGGACUGUGUUUGAGGUGGGUUUUCUGAUAGGGCAAUAUUUUCUGUAUGGCUUCCAAGUCCACCCAUUAUAUGUGUGCAACAGACGUCCUUGCCCUCAUAAGAUAGACUGCUUUAUUUCCAGACCUACUGAAAAGACCAUCUUCCUUCUGAUAAUGUAUGGUGUUACAGGCCUUUGCCUGUUGCUUAACAUUUGGGAGAUGCUUCAUUUAGGGUUUGGGACCAUUCGAGACUCACUAAACAGUAAAAGGAGAGAACUUGAAGAUCCGGGUGCUUAUAAUUAUCCUUUCACUUGGAAUACACCAUCUGCUCCUCCUGGCUAUAACAUUGCUGUCAAGCCAGAUCAAAUCCAGUACACUGAAUUGUCCAAUGCUAAGAUUGCCUACAAGCAAAACAAAGCCAACAUUGCCCAGGAACAACAGUAUGGCAGCCAUGAGGAGAACCUCCCAGCUGACCUGGAGACUCUGCAGCGGGAGAUCAGAAUGGCUCAAGAACGCUUGGAUCUAGCAAUACAGGCCUAUAGUCACCAAAACAAUCCCCAUGGUCCCCGGGGAAAAAAGGCCAAAGUAGGCUCCAAAGCUGGGUCCAACAAAAGCAGCGCUAGUAGCAAAUCAGGGGAUGGGAAAACCUCUGUUUGGAUUUAAUCUUGGCUGGGCUUAAAACAUGCUUUUCAUAGUUUAUGGUAAACAACAGCUCACUGAAUAAUGACUUCCAUUGAGUAAACAUUUGGCUCUGGUUAUCUUCAGGGAUGCUCUUGGCUCAUGGUCCAAGCUCAGGGGACUCUGAAGGUAGGGCUGGGAUGAGGGUGGAAAGAGGGAAAAACACGGUGUUCCUGGGCACAGGUUCUCAGCAAUAAUACAGUUUCAGAACUUCACAUUUGUGUCUUCCAGAUCUGGAGAAGAAUAGAUAUAUUUAAAUCAUUCUCGUUGAACAGUUUUUGUAUGUAAAGUAUUAUGGUACUUUUUUUUUAGUAUGAGAACUUUUUUGUAUUUGUACAUUGAACUGCUGUAGUUACUAUACUUUUAUAUUAAAGGAAAGAAGUCCUUAUAA